CAACAGUAUUGCGCUGCCGGAAGCUUUCACAAACUAACGCGUAGAUGUACCAGAAAGCUGUUCACGUAACAGACGGUGUUGGCUUGGCUAUCAUACGGAGAGUCACAGAUCACGUUGUUUAAAGAACAGUGAGUGAUUUUAUGCUGCACUACGUCCACAGACGUCUCUGCUUAUCUUGACGUCAGGAGAAGCCUGAGCGCACCAGCACAGCAACCACAUCGCUCCCAGCGGGAAGGAGAGCACAUCACAGCUACACAUCGCCAUUUAGCUGUAGUGUGGUGAAUCCGAUCCACGUUGUAGAAUGCCUCUCGGAGAGGAUGGAAAUGGAUGGAAAAAGAAGACAUCAGACAUCAAAGAACAUUAUGACUUCAAAGAAGUGCUGGGAACGGGAGCUUUCUCAGAGGUGGUUCUAGCCGAAGAGCGGGGGACCCAGAGGCUUGUGGCCAUCAAGUGCAUCCCCAAGAAAGCGCUGGAAGGCAAAGAGAACAACAUCGAGAAUGAGAUCGCCGUACUGCACAGAAUACAGCACCCAAACAUUGUGUCACUGGAGGACAUCUUUGAAAGUACAUCUCAUCUAUAUCUUGUCAUGCAGCUGGUGUCCGGAGGUGAGUUGUUCGACCGGAUCGUGGAGAAAGGUUUCUACACAGAGAGAGAUGCCAGCCAACUCAUCCACCAGAUCUUAGAUGCAGUCAAAUAUCUCCAUGACAUGGGGAUCGUUCACCGAGACUUGAAGCCAGAGAAUUUGCUGUAUUACAGUAUGGACGAAGACUCCAAAAUCAUGAUCAGUGACUUUGGUCUGUCCAAGAUCGAAGGGGCAGGAAGUGUCAUGUCCACAGCGUGUGGUACUCCAGGAUAUGUGGCUCCCGAGGUUCUCGCUCAGAAGCCGUACAGCAAAGCGGUGGACUGCUGGUCGAUAGGAGUUAUUUCUUACAUUCUGUUAUGUGGAUAUCCUCCAUUUUAUGAUGAAAAUGAUGCCAAGUUAUUCGAGCAGAUUCUCAAAGCAGAGUAUGAAUUUGACUCUCCGUACUGGGAUGAUAUUUCAGAUUCAGCCAAAGACUUUAUCUGUCACCUGAUGGAAAAAGAGCCUAUGAAGAGAUACACAUGUGAGCAGGCCCUGCAGCAUCCAUGGAUCUGUGGAGACACAGCUCUGGACAAGAAUAUCCAUGAAUCUGUCAGUGCUCAAAUCAAGAAGAACUUCGCUAAAAGUAAAUGGAAGCAAGCAUUUAAUGCCACAGCAGUGGUGCGCCACAUGCGGAGGUUGCAGCUGGGCACGAGUCUCGAGGGACCCAGCCAGAUUACUCCCACCAGUCCCUGCCAUGGACUUCUGCUCCCAGAGGAAGAGGAGGAGGAGGAGGAGGAAGACGAGCUUGGGAACGGGGAGGAGGAGAGCUUGUCCCACUACGAGGACGGGCGCCGGGGAAGCAACGAGGGCAGCGCAGAUCGGGACAGCCUGAGAAGCUGCACUUACUGCUGCCGGCCAGCCAGUCGCGUCUGAGCACAAACUCCCGUUGUCAUGGUGACAUUGUACCCCUGGAGCGUACAGAGCCCGCCCCGCCCAGUCUGGCCAGGAAUGCAGAGCAGCUGUCAGGCAGGGUCCACAAGCAAGCAGGUCACUGUCACAGUGUGGAGAAUCAUGCCACAAGUUUUAUCCCAGAAACCUAACAAAAAAAAACAUCCGUACUCGAGAUUCACAGAUCAAGCUUAUCUUUACUGCAGAACAGAAUGCACAGCUGUUUUUUUAAAAAAAAGGCCUCUCUGCAUGAUUAUCCUGAAAUAAACCCUCUAAGCAACUAAACAUGUAGUUUUGCCUAAUGUAGCUGUAGCAGACAGGGUUCACAUUUAAAACAAGUGGCUUCAAGAAGAUGAUCAGCUUGAAGUCUAACUUGAAGUCAAUGCAUUAAUAUAAUCUUUCUUUUGGUUUUCUAAUUAUCCGUCACAUCUACCUCUAACUCCAACUGUUGUCAGUCCACACCCUCUACAUUAAUGGCAGCCUUCUGCCUGACAGGGCACAAAGAGACACACAGUGCUUAAAUUUACUCCUGCUUGUCUUGAUAUCCGUCAGUGUUGCUCAGUGUAGUCACUGACCAGGUAGCUGUUACAUGGAGUUCAUUUGAAAGGGUGUGUUCACUGCUGAUGCCACCAGCCCGGCGUGUUCAGAUCGACCACUCUGUCCUUUUUCUUGUUUAAAGAGGAAUUCAUGUAUAUUUUAACCUAGGUCAUAUUUAAGUUAAGAAUAAUAUGAGCUUGUAAAUGGCAAAAAGAAGUACCUUUAGUGGUUCAAACCAGCUCACCUGUGAAUGCCCCGAAGGAUUACAUUGUAGCCAUGAAAGCCUUGUUACGGCAAUACUGGAGUGAUUUCAAAACUGCUAAAACCUAGAACACAAACACCACUAAUAAAAAGGGCAGAGGUUAAAAAAUACUGGAAUUUCCCUUUUUAUGUUUUUUGUUUUGUAUUUAGUUCAAAGUCUUUUUGGAAAGAGGAGAUGUUUCAGGGUGUUUUGGACUCUAUAUUCUGGCUCAGACUGGGUUUGCGAAGGGUGGUUCUGAUAUGGAGUGUUUGCAUGCUUUUUUUUGGCGAGAAACAUCGAAAUGUAUGAAUAUCAAGAGAAGACUUUAAUUAUUCUUUUUUUUUUUAGUUUUAUGACUGUUCUGUUUUCCGAGGCUCAAACUGAGAUCCCUAUGUUAUAAACUCACAGGAAUCUGACCUCAGAGGAGGAAUUGUUUUGAAGGUGCAUUCACGCCUAUUUAAAAAAAAAUAUAUAUAUAUCAUAUCACACUCAUUCUCUCUGUUCAGUUCCUGACAAGCGUCUGAUCAGCCUGCUGUCGGUCUCUGUGUUUGAUGCUGAGUGUCAGGGAUCUCAGUCUGGGCGCUCCGCCUGCUCUGUGCUGUGCACCUCUAGUGGAAGAAGUUUUGGUCUACUGUUUGCAUGACCUGGUUAAAUAUGUUUACAUGAAUGAUGAUCAAUUAGUAUAAACACACAUGAAUAUUAUUACUCUGUUGUAUUGAAAAAAAAAAUUGUAAUACUGUAAUUUUGAGCUAUAUAAUGUGAAGUGAGUAACACAAGAAGUAAUGUGGUUGACAAAGUACAACACAGCACAGUGGACUUAUCAUUUGCAUCCACUAAGAUGGUCAAGUCUUGACCUGAAUAACUUUUUUUUCUCUUUAUUUUUCACUUAAAUGUUUUUUUUUCUUCCUGUCAGUUUUCUUGCUGUACAUGUAUGAAUUAUUAAACGAUGUAUCCCUGUCUGAUUCCCAGGCACAAGCAGGAAAACUAUACAUAAAUUAAAGUGCCAGCCACAGUAUAAAACAUGGAAAUGAUGCAGGAUACAUCUCCUGUCAGCCCUGGAAUUAGCCUUCAAGAUUGAUUUGUCCUCAUCCGCAGUAUAUAAACCAAAGCCAUAAGGGGAAGUAGAGAUGUUUAACUCUAUAUUCAGAUAAGUUAUCUUAUGAAUUUAUGACUCAGAUGACGGAUGGCAAUGUUUCAGCAACUUGUAAAGAAAACAAAUCAGAGGCUUUGUUCUCACCGCAACAACUAGCUAAAGAUAUAAAUCAUACUGUUAUUUAUUUUGGGUAUGUCAACACAUAGUACUUUUGUUAGCCGUAAGGCUUUAGCCAACAAGCUAUUAAAAAUAUGUUUUGUCCACUUUAAAUGAGUUCCCAUAAAUGUCAUUGAAACAUACAGGUCCCUCGUGCAGUAAAAUAAUGGAAUCACUCUGGAUUUAUGUGACCGUAAUUGUGGAAAAUAUGCAAAUUGUGUGUGAAGGGCUUCAUGUUAAAUGUAAGAAAGCCAAUGUUGAUGACUUUGGCGAUUAUUUGUUUGGUAAUAACCUUAUGUUGAACUGAGAUUUGUUUCCACUUGACUUUUUUUUUAACUUGAAAAAAAAAUGCUUGUUUUACCCAUUACAAACACAUCUAAAUGCAUAAAAGAAACACCUGUAUAUUAUAUAUAUAUAAAUAUAAGUAUAUAUUGUAUAUCCUUUUUUGUAAAAGCUGUUUUGAGCUACAAAUGUAUGGAUGCAAUGCAUCAUGGGUUAUUGAACAAGAUAUAAGAAAAUACGAUUUGUACCCACAGAGUUACGAUUGCAGGAAAUUAAAUAAAACUUCCUUGUCUAUGCA